UUAAAAUCACUUCAGAGAGCUGUCGACAAAAGCCUCGACAAAAACAAUUAUGAUUUGCAAGGGUUCCCUAUGGCAUUUCUUAUAUGGAUACUUGAGUCAGUACCUUUGCUACAGUAUGCAUUCAGUCAAGUUGUUCCUAUUCUGAGCGUUCAACCGUCUACCCCAAUAUUUUUGUGUGAGAAGUACCUUCAAAUAGCUUCUCCACAGCUGAUAGAUGUUCUCCUAAUUGAAAUCAAAGAUCAUGUAAGUUUUUACAUUAUUUUUUUCUUGUUUGUUUUGCCUUAUGAUUCUCCAUUUAAAAGCUAAUUAUUUUUAUGGUUUCAGCUUAAGGUCACAUGCAUCCUACCUCCUAUUUCUAAUGAUCCAGAAGCUGAUGUUUGCAUGGAAGACGAAGCUAAUAAAGAUCUGGAUGACAUGGCCGAUUUAUCCAAGAGAGGUUAUAAGUUUAAAAUUAGAGAUUGGCGAAACAUGUCAGUAGACCUAUACGGUGCUAAUGAAGAAAUAAGAAGAGCAUCUUUACUGUUUGGGAAUGGAGGGAUGAGUCAAGCUUCUACUUCGUAUCAGGAGGAGUCUUUGGAAUCAAAGAUCAACAGAAUCAGCGAGAUGGUGGGAGAUAAUUUAAGGAUCAUGAACGAUCGUUUGUGUUUGAUUGAAAAAGACAGGAAACAGAUUAAAGAACGUGUGACAAAACUAGAGAAACUACAAAGAGUUACUUCAUAUGAAACUCCAAACAAUGAGACUGACACAACUCCAUUUCAUGAGACGGCUUCCAGACAAGGUGAAGCCAAUGCAGAUCAAGCAGAUGAACAACUUAACAAUGAGGAUACACGAGAGCCUAUGAAUGAGAUCACGAAAGAGACACCUGGUUCUCCAAUAGCUCAACAGAAUAUUGAGACUCCAGUCCUUACUCCAAUUCAGACGCAGCAGGAGACUCACGAGCUUAUGAAUGAGAUCAUUUCACCAAACAUUUCCGACACACAGCCAAAUACCCGAGCUCGCAGAAAUCUUUUAACAGAGCAAAAUAAGGAUGUAGAAAGCAGAGUUCAAAAUCCCUUUGAGAUCGGAGCAAAUGUGGAGAUUUCAUCACAAGAUGACAAUACUUGUCAUAAAUGGUAUCCAGGAAAUGUGUUGGCAACAUAUUUGGUUGAUGGGGUUGAGAUGGUGAAAGUUGAGUACUCCGUCCCGUCUCUGGACGAAAAGAAGAGGAAAAGGAGUGUUGAGACACGUGUAUCAAUUGACAGAAUACGUCCUCAACCACCACCUGAGAGAUCUGGAGCGAAGAAAAGUUAUGAGCUAAUGCAGGACGUGGAGGCGUUCGACAAUGGUGCCUGGUGCGCUGGAAAAGUUAAAGUCAUUUUGUUUGAUGGCUCGUGUUUUGUCUCUUUGAACAAUUCUAAAGAACAAAUUUACUUCCACCAUUCUGAGAUGCGAAAACCAAGAAAAUGGGUAGAUGGUGUUUGGGAGAUGACAAAAAAGGUAAAACAAAUGCCUUGGAUCACUUGAAUUGAAAAAUAAUGUCA